AUGACAGAAGAGAUAGACCCAGCAACACUACCGCUCGAAGAGCGAUUGGUUCACAAAGUGUGGAAGAUCAGACUCGGAGCAUAUGAAGAAAUAUCUUCUCUAUUUCAAUCUUCACGCAGCGAACAGGACCCCGUUUUCCAGCAAUACUCGCCUGAUUUAUUCAAAAAGAUCCUACUAGAUACAAACGUUGUGGCCCAGGAAACAGGAUACAAGGCGUUUCUCGACUACCUCAACUGUGGAGGUACAACUCACUCGGUGCUGCGGCUUGUUAGACAAUGCGAGAUUGUGCAAGCUAUUUGUGAGAAAGGACUCAGCUCAUCAAGAAAGGGGACCAAGGAUUAUGCCACUGAGAGCAUUAUGUUGAUGAUUGAGUUCCAUGACCCGGCUCCAAUUGUCGAAGGCAUCUUGCCGAGUCUUGGAGGCAAAUUGCCGAAAUUGGUUGCAAAUUCAACAACGUGUCUUGCUGCCAUUUAUGAAAACUUUGGGUGCAAAGUUGUGCCACCAAAGCUUGUGCUUGCAUCGUUGGAGAAGUUGUUUGCUCACGCCGAUAAGAAUGUCAGGACCGAGGCUACAAAGUUGGCGGUUGAGUUGUAUAAAUGGAUGGGAGACGCGUUUCCUGGUUUGUUAUUUCCAGCAUUGAAGCCCGUACAGCAAAAAGAUUUAACCGUGGCUUUUGAGAAAGUUAAAGGUGAAAAGGCAGAGCAAAAGAGAUUGACCAAACAGCAAAAGGAAGAGUUGAAAGCAGCAGCAGCGGCGGCGGCGGCUGCAACUGGAAUUGCAACGGGAUCUCAUUCAAUCGAUGACGACGUGGAAAUGACUGAAGUGGUUGAAACUUAUGAUCCUUUAGAAUUUGUUGAGCCCGUGGAAGUAUUGAGUAAACUUCCCGGGGAUUUCCAAGAGCGGAUCUCAUCCGCCAAAUGGAAAGACCGCGUGGAAGUGCUCGAACAAGUGUCGGCCAUUUUGGAAAAAACGCCAAAGUUGGUGACAAGCAAUGACUACUCACCCUUGAUUCGUACGUUUGCCAAGAAUAUGAAAGAUGCCAAUAUCCAAGUCGUUCAAUUGGCUGCCACUUGCACCAAUUGCAUCGCGAAAGCUUUGGGACCAAAUUUCACAAGAUACCAGAACAUCAUUCUCACGCCAACCAUCGAGCGGACAAAGGAGAAAAAACCAGCAGUUGCCAAUGCAUUGGACACAUUGCUAGACACAAUGUUUCAGAUUUCCGGUCUAGGCUCAGUGCUCGACGAGACCAUUGAAGGGUUAAAGUUGAAGGUUCCUCAGAAUAAAAUCGCUUGCGCCAAUUUUUUGAAAAGAUGCUUGGCAACCACCACGAUCCUGCCAACGCUGUCGGAAGUUGAUUCAAUAAUGGAAAUAAGUGUCAAGCUACUCAGCGAGUCUCAAGAACCAAUCAGACAAGCAGCGACUGAGCUCAUAGGCACGCUAAUGAAAAUCACGGGAGAACGCCCAUUGAACAAAUCUCUUGAAGGGGUGGAUGACAAGAGAAGAGAAAAGAUUAUGAGCUACUAUGAGUCAGUCUCGGUGAAAUGCACCGGUGUUGGUGGUGGUACUAGUGUUUCCAAAAGCCAGGCAUCUGCACGAGACACGCAACCUAAAAAGGCAUCUUCAAGAAACCCAACCAAUGGAAGUUCUCUCUCGAGCUCGUCGACCAUCCCUGCAAAGCGAGGCGCUGCUUCACCGGCCAAGAGGUCUGAUGAUGGCAAACUCAGCAACUUGGGCAAGGGCAUGGCAUCGAGAUCUUUACCAAAGCAAUCCGCGCCCCCACCUGUUCUACGCCCUCCUCCAAGCAAAGCUUCUACUCACUCUACUGCAUCGUUUGUCAAUACUCCAGUGACGCCAGCGCCUGUCGAUACCAAGAAACAUGAAGAAGCAAUUGAUCUGCUAAACGCGGAAAUAAAGAAGCUUGUUCAAGAGCGCCAAGAGGAGCAAAAAGCUCGCAAGUUGUUGCAAGAUGACAAUCAGAACUUGCGCGAGGAAAUAAAAACAUUAAAGACGCGUCUUGAUUCUGAAAACAGGAGCAACUCGAUAACCAUCAAUCAUAAGGAGACCCAGAUUAAUAAUUUGAAGAUUGAGUUGGAAAAGGCAAAUUACAAGAUCAAGAAUCUUGAGCAGGAGAAUGAAAUUAAUAAAUUGCAGCAAUCAAAUAACCAAUUCAACACUGGCAAUCCUCGGUUCCAUUUGGGUGCUGGUGCUGGUGCUGGUGCUGGUGGUGCAUCUAAAUUUAAUCCACCGGAUAUCAAUACUGGAGUCAAGAGAUUAUCUAUAGGUGCUGAAGAACAUCAACACCAACUUCAGCAGCAGCAACAACAACAACAACAACAACAACAACAACAUCAGCAGCAACACCAUCACCAACAUCAUCAACACCCCCAACCACAUCAACAGCAACAACUACAGCAACCGCAACAGCAACAUCAAGUACAUGACUCCAGUAAAUAUCUGAACCUAUCAGCAAGCUACCAUCGGCCCGCCUACAAUUCAGCUUCGUUAUCGCGGGAAACAAUGGAUGUGGAUUCUGGUGAUGAUUGGAAAAGAGCAGCUGAGGUUACAUCACAGUUGAAAGCCAGGAUCGAAAGGAUGAAAGCUAGAGCAAGAACCCCCGUGAACGUAGAGUAA